AUGUCGGACACAGGCGAUCUCAAGAGCCACGCGCUCAACAGCUCCCACGACUUCUACGACCUCCUCGACAUCCAGGAGGGCGCGCGAGAAAACGAGAUCCGGCGUGCCUACCGCAAAACCGCCCUCAAAUACCACCCGGACAAAGUCGGCGGCGACGUCGAGAAGCUGGAAAAGUUCCACCUGCUGCAAAUCGCGUACGAUGUCCUCUCCGACCCCGCCGUCAAGGAGUUGUACGACAACGCGAGGCGCGCGAGAUUCGCCAAGGCGGAGCGAGAUCAGCUGUUCGAGGGGCGGAGGAAGGCGAUGAAGGAGGAUCUGGAGCGCAGGGAGAAUGGGGCUGCUGUGAAGAGGAAGAGGGAGAAUGAGGCCGAGGUGGAAUUUGAACGAGAAUUGGCCAGGCUGGCAGAGGAUGGGAAGCGGAGGCGAAAGGAGAGGGAGGAGAUGUUGAGGCGAGAGGCGGAGGAGAUUGAGCGGGAAGAGAGGCGAGAGAAGGAGGGCGAGGUUCCUGCAUCGACGACACCUCGCUCGAAUGGACAAGCAACCGCCUCGACGGCGGAUGUCGACCGUUCAGUCACUCUGAAACUUCCCGUGACCGAGGAGACGCAGCACAUCAAUGAGGCAGAGAUCAAGGCUCGUUUCGAGCGAUUCGGCAAGGUGGAGCACGUGGUGCUGCGCGAGAAAAAGAUCAAAGUGGAUGGCGAGAAGCAUCGACAACUGUACAAGACGGCGAUCUUGCUAUUCCAGAGCGCCGUCGCUGCACACGCGACUGUCUCCGAUUUCCCUCGAAUCUCCCUCAGCGAGCCGGAGACGUACAACUGCUUUCAAGCUGUUGGUUGGGCGGGUGGCAAAGAGCCGGACUUUAUACCCAAGCCAACAGCCACGCGGGUCGAAGCACCACCCCCGCGACGCGAGCCCAAUGCUCCUCUCGCUGUCCCGCCUGCUACAAACGGACACGGCCAGAAAACUCCCAGCUUUGGGAGCUUCAAGACCGCCAUCAAAGCCCAGGAUGGCGGCCCAAGUCUGGACGAAAUCACGAUGAUACGCCUGAAGAACGCCGAGAGACGACGCAUGGAGGAGAAGAUCAGGCGAGAGGAGGCAGCGACUCAGGCCAACGCGGAAGAUGCUGCAUAG